AUGGUUCCCUGGCUACUCAUCCUUCCCCUUCCAUUGCCUGUCCUUGCUGGCAUAGACAAAUCGUUCGGAGUAGCUCCAAAUUUGUUAUCUCGCUACUCGCCUCCAAGCUCGGGAUCGUGGGAAUGCUUGAAUGGCUCAAAACAGAUACCCUGGGAAUGGGUGAACGAUGAUUUCUGCGACUGUCCUGACGGCAGCGAUGAGCCAGGUACUGGCGCCUGCGCAAACACACUGUUCUAUUGCCGGAAUGAAGGUCACAUUGGUACAAGCAUUCCGAGUUCGCGUGUGAGGGAUGGUCUCUGCGAGGCUGAAUGCUGCGAUGGUUCCGAUGAACUUCCGGGAGUGUGCAAGAACACUUGCGCUACAGUUGGUGCCGAGUAUCGAAAGAAACGCGCUGAGGAACUUAAGAUACAAAAGACUGUAAGCUGCGCGUAUAACUGUUUUGGAGCCAAAAUACGUUCAUCAUACGUUACAUUUGCCCACAAAGAGAAGAAACGGCUAGAGGGUCUCGUUCAAACGUUGGUGCAAGAGAUCGCUACUAAGGAGAAAGAAGUAGCCAGGCUGCAAGAAAUCGCUGAACGUACCGAGUCCCUGUCAGCGGCUGAACUCGAAUUCAAGAAACAAUCUCCUCUGUACACUUCCUUGAUUACCCACUCGAAUGCUCUCAAAUCUUUGCAGCGCGAAUACAAGAAACAUCUGGAACGUGAGGAAACCCUCAGCGAAAUCUUAGACACACUUCGUACGAGUUAUAACCCCAACUAUCAGGAUAUGGCUGUCCUAGAUGCAGUUCGCGGGUGGGAGUAUCUUGCUGGACUGCCACACAUCAAUGAUGUCGGAAAGGACUCGUCGGAAACGGAUGAAUCUAACAAUGAAGUAGGGGAGGAUGAGUCCACGCCAGAAGGAACCUUUGCAGAUGGUGAAUGGACUGCCGAGGAGCUGGACAAGGAUCUGGACCGGCUUUUGAAAACGAAACACGUUGACUUGUUGCUGGAGCACGAUGAAUAUGUCAGAUCGCCGCCUCCGGGAUCUCUGUCGGAACUUUUCGACAUCACCAACUAUCUCCCUGACUCCUUGGUACCUCAAUAUGAAGACCUGAAAGAUGCGAUCCUUUCGUGGCUCGAGUCUCUCGGAAUUAUCCGUCCUGAAGCUGGUAGCUCAGCAGAAUCGACUCACGCACGCCAAGUCUUCACUGACGCGGAGAAUGCUCUGAAGAAGAUCCGCAAAGAUAAGGAAAAUGCCGAGAAAGACCUUUCCGAGCUCUUUGAUCCUACCGGCUUUGGAGUUGAAGGCGAAUGGAAGAAACUCGAUGGAACGUGCUUAGAGAAAGAUACCGGAGAUUACACGUACGAGGUGUGUCUAUUCGGCACCGCCAAGCAAAAGCCCAACAAAGGUGGCUCUACAUUUAACUUGGGGAAAUUUGUUGCAUGGAAUCGGGACGCAGAACCUGGACAACCCGCAUAUUACCAAAAACAAAACUACGAGAAAGGUACAAAAUGCUGGAAUGGGCCGGAACGGGGUGUAAUACUGGUGAUGACCUGUGGAACGGAGAAUGCCUUGUUGACGGUCGCCGAGCUGGAGAAAUGCCAAUAUCAGUUUACAGGAACCUCCCCGGCACUUUGCCUACCAGUUACGGAGUCUAGCAUGAAUAGAGAGGAGCUGUAA